AUGUUGCCAUGUGUCUGCUGGCUCCAACCCAUCCUCGUCUUGUUGUCCUCUGUCUCAUGGACCCGGGGGGAGAACUGCCCAGCGACCUGCAUGUGCCCGGACCCCCACACCGUGGACUGCAGCGGCCGCGGGUUGACCCGACUUCCCAAACAGAUUCCCCUGGACGUACGCAGGCUGCUGCUGGCGGACAACUGGAUACCACGCAUCCCCUCGGACUUCCUGGUUCUGUACAGCGACCUGGUGUACCUGGACCUCCGGAACAACUCGCUGUCCCUCAUAGAACCGGGGACACUCAGCACCUCCUCCAGGCUGGUGUUCCUGGACCUGGGCAGCAACAAUCUGACUGAGAUCCCCAAGGGCACGUUCGGGGAGUCCCGCAGCCUCAUCAAACUCCGACUGGGCAACAACCCGUAUCUGAGCAUGGUGAGUGAGGAUGCUUUCCUGGGCCUCACCUCUCUGAGGGAACUGGAACUGGAGCGUAAUGCCCUGUCCACCCUAAAGGUGGGGGCGCUGAGUCAGCUGCCCUCCCUGCGGGCGGUGCGGCUGGAGGGCAACCCCUGGGUGUGCAACUGCAACUUUGCCAGCCUGUUUGCGUGGCUGAUGGAGAACAGUCACAAGCUUCCAAAUGGGGUGGAAGGAAUGGAGUGCUCCCUCCCGAUGGACGGCCGGCGCGUCUCGCUGACCCAGCUCUCGCAGGACAGCUUCCGGGAGUGCCAGGCCAACCUGACUCUGACGGACCUGCUCAUCAUCAUCUUCUCGGGCAUCUCAGUGUCCGUGGUGGCCAUCAUGACCAGCUUCUUCCUGGCGUCAACGGUCCACUGCUUCCAGCGCUGGAGCAAAGGCACCAAAGGGGACGAGGAGGAGAGCGAAGAGUGA